AUCGUAACUUUUCGGACCUCUAAGAGAAAUUCGAUAUCAACAAAAAGCACUUCCGGUUAUCUGACGUUUGUACACAAUUCAAGGCAAAGCCAAAGAAUCUCUUAAAAUCACAACAUUGAAACACCCAUCGGAUUAAUUUGGAGUCUGUAAGGAAGAUAAAGCAGUGCAGGAAAGAUGGCGGUUCCAGCAAAGAUAGUGCUGAAGAGCACGACCAAGAUGUCCCUAAAUGACAGAUUCACCAACAUUGUCAAGACCCCAAGCUCACCCACCUCCCCCCAGGCCAUCAGGGCCAAGAUGGCCGCCGCGCAGCAGGCAUCCUCGGCCAAUCGCAGACUCGCUCAGCAGAUGGCUAACAGACCCACAGUGCAGGCCGCACUGAAGAUUAAAAAGGCGAGUCUGAAGCAGCGACUGGGACACACGAAUGUGAAGGCUCGUCUAAACAUGAACGCAGUGAGGGGGCGAGGAGGGGGCAGAGGAUUCAACCGAGGACUGAGAGGCGGAGUGAGAGGUCAGCGAGGAGGAGGGGCACCCAGAGGAGGAUCCAUGGCCCGGGGAGGGGGAGACGGCAUGACCUCUAGAGGGCGAGGUCGUGGAGGAUUUGGACAGCCAAUCAAACAAGGAGGAGGGUUUGGCAGCAGUCCACGCGGAGGAGGAUUCAGAGGCCGGGGCCGAGGAAGGGGAGGCUUUGGAGACCGAGGGGGUCGUGGACGUGGGGGUUUCCAUGACAACUUUAGAGGCGGGAGAGGGGGUCGUGGUAACAGGGGAGGUAACCGGUUCCAGAGAGGUCGUGGGGGUCGUGGUCGUGGGGGCAGAGGUCGCGGAGGGUCAAAGGUUGGCAUGACCGCGGAGGAGUUGGACAACCAGCUAGACAUGUACAUGUCAAAGAGCAGCACCACCGUACGGAGUCACCUUGACGCCGAACUCGACGCCUACAUGGCAGAGUCACAGAGCUGAACAUGAACACAUAGAGAUGAACAUGAACACCAUCAAAUGAACUUGAACACCUUUAACUUAACAUGAAUACCUGAUCACUUGAGAAGAAAUACCUUGAACCGAAUAUGGACACCAAGUGAACAUAAACAUGUAGAAUUGAACAUGAAAAACUUGAGGAGCAUUAACAAUCAUCAUUGAAAUCGUGAACUGAACGUGCAAUAUGCAUUAUUAACCAAUUUAAUGACUUCCGUACCAAAUCUAUUUUUUUUGUCUGAAAUUUUUUUUACUAGGAGAUAUUUUUGGUGACUUGUGAUGGAGUUAUAUAGUGUGGUGAUAUUGAUAGUGAGUUUUCUCUCAGUUUUACAGAGGGGAAUAUUAGUGUGAAUAAAUUAUACAUAAAGUUCAUAAAAAAAAAAAAGAGGUGCUGUAUAAUUGAGCCAAGGGGUGGUACAAGCAUUCAUUUUAUAUGGCAACAUUACAUGACUGGAGUGAAAGAUUGGACUUAUUGUUAUAGUGUUAUAAAGAAUAUCAGAGAUAGUUAACAGAGAGUGUUUUAUGUAUGAUCCACCCAUCAUGUAACACCAAGCUUUAGUGUUGUGGAUUUACAGAUGAUCACAGUAGAACGUUCAUAGAAUUCCCUGUAUGUUAUCCUCUGUUAACUGUCCCCCAUUAGUACUACUUAUAUAACACUUAUCUGUAGACUGUUGUGUUUUGUAGAAGUUUUGUAGCAGAUGUUUAUUUUGUUUUUCAUGCUGUUAGAGUAUAUAAAAUAUACUUACAAUCA